UAACAACUCACUUCACCAUCUCCAUCACUCUUUACUGAAACUAAUAAAGCUCAUAUCUCAAAGACUAAUGGCUUCAAGAGCCCUAACCUCCUCCACUGCCCUUCUCCUCACCUUCAACCUCCUCUUCUUCACUUUGGUGAGCUCUACCUAUUGCCCACCGCCGACGCCAAAAGACCAUGGCGGUCACCCAAUCAAACCAUCACCGGUACCAUCAAAUAAGGGUAGUUGCCCCAGGGACACUGUAAAGCUGGGAGUCUGUGUGAAUCUGUUAAAAGAUUUGUUAAGCGUUACAGUUGGAACCCCACCAAAGACUCCUUGCUGCAGCCUUAUCAGCGACCUUGUUGAUCUUGAAGCCGCUGUAUGCCUUUGCACCACCAUCAAAGCUAGCAUCUUGGGCAUUAACCUAAACCUUCCAGUGAACUUAAGCUUGUUGCUCAACUACUGUGGGAAGAAGGUUCCAGAAGGAUUCAAGUGUGCAUAAGUAAAUGCACUAUGCUUAUUUCUAGUUGUAUCUGAAAUCUUAUCAAUUCUUGUGUUGUAUGUUUCGGCUUCUUGGAGACAUGCCAUAACGUUUAUGCAAUAAUUUCGUUUUGCCACCUUUUAUUUUUCUCUUAAGCAUAGAAGACUUGUUGUUUUCUUCAAUAUUCGCAUUUGUAUUGGUGUAUUCAAUUGCAACUGAAAUUUAAUUUGAUUAUUUUCUUUAA